AAUCCUCCUUACCUGCAUCUUCCUUUGCCACCUGCCCAUCCAUUUUUCUCCUCUUUCUCCUCUUCCUCCUCUGGCUUGUACCAAAUUGGUCUAACUGCCUGCUUUGUCUCCCUAAAGAAAAAUGAAAUGGGCCCAAAGAAAAUCGAGGUGCUCGACAUGAAACGGUCGAACGCGAUAAACAUUGGAAUGAAAGUACUGCCUCCACUAAACACUAUCAGCACGGCUCUGAUCAAAAUGGAGUCAUCCAUGAUCAAUCGAGAGGGAAUUGAGGUGAGUAGUCAAGCUGCAUGUUAG